AGUUAAAGUUUUUGUCUAAUGUAACGCGGUGGUCUUCAUUUAUAUUUAAAUCAAGUACAAUUUAUUAUAAUAUAUUCUAUUAUAAAUAAAGCCGUUUCAGAGUAUUUAUCUUUACAUCUGUACAGCGUUUAAACGCGUUGGGUUGUGUCUUAAUAUUGAUAACGAGACGCAUUAUACCAAUCGUCUUCUACGAAAAGAUCUUCAGUCAACCAUGAGGCUGGCUUGAACGAACAGGAGCAAGUGCAUCGUAGAAUUGAACAAGAAGUGAAUUAAACAUUGCUAUCUGUUCCUCAACAGUACAAGCCUUUGUUUUAUUUCUUCAGUCUAUACUAUCAGCCUGUUUUCGUAGCCAUGCCACAAUCAAACCCUGUUUCGACAACGUGGGAUAUGGCGAAAACCUUGGUGACAUGGAUACUUUUAGCUGCUGCAAGCAACUUAAGCUUUAUUCUAUCUGCACCCGCCUCCAUUUCACUUCCUCUAAUACCAAAGAAAAGCGCUGAUCGUUGUAAUCCAUUGGUAAUAGCUCAUCGAGGUGCAAGUGGAUAUAUACCUGAACACACGUUGGGUGCUUAUUCUCUUGCCAUCACGAUGGGUGCAGAUUAUGUGGAGCCAGAUCUAGUUAUCACUCGUGACAAGCAUUUGGUUUCAAGACAUGAUAAUGAACUCAGUAUAACAACAGACGUAGCCCAACGUCCUGAAUUCGCCAGUCGUAAAAAAACACAGGAAAUAGACGGACACGAAGUGAUUGGCUGGUUCACAGAAGACUUUACCCUCGCAGAACUUAAAACACUACGCGUUAUAGAACGCAUCCCUGAGACGAGGCCAGGAAACGCACGCAUGAAUGGCGCUUUUGAGAUUCCGACAUUCCAAGAAAUUAUUGAUCUUGUAAAAAGUCUGGAAAAAAGCCAACGACGUACCAUUGGUAUUUACCCGGAAAUUAAGCACAGCACUCACUUUCAAAGUCUGGAUCUGCCGAUGGAAACACAAGUAGUAGAAACUUUUCGAAAAAACGGUUAUAUUGGAGCUUCAGCUCCCGUGUUCAUACAAUCGUUCGAAGUUAAUAAUUUGAAAUAUUUGAAAGGAAUUACAAAUCUCCGCUUAUUACAACUAUACGACAGUCCAUCUGCUCAGCCUUACGACCAAGUAGUUGUCGGUACCGGACUUACUUACGCUGACAUGGCAACACCUGAUGGUCUUAAAGAAGUAGCUAGAUAUGCUUCCGCUGUUGGGCCUGAUAAAAAUUAUAUUAUUCCACGUAAUGCCGAUGAAACGUUAGGUGAACCCACAACUUUCGUUCAAGAUGCUCAUGCUGCGGGGUUGAAAGUGCACCCAUACACUUUCCGUGCAGAAAAUACUUUUUUACCUGCGGAGUUUAGAAGUGGAGAUUGUCCUAAGGCUAUUGGGGACCUCAUCGGAGAGAUAAAAGUCUUCAUUGCAGCUGGAAUCGAUGGUCUAUUUUCUGAUCAACCAGAUAAAGCCGUCCGUGCAAGAGAGGUGUGCUUAUAACAGGAUUUAAGACUUUGAGUGUGCCUUAAAAUAAAAAUAGAAUAUCGCUGUAAACCCCUACAUGUACAUCAGAAACAUUGGCGUAGCUUCAAAACGUAGUUUCAAAACUUAAGGGAGCCGACUUCCUUACCAAAAUGCUACCCCAUAAAAUCUGCCGUUGCCGUGGGCCUCCAGCCCCUCCCUUUCCACGCCAAUGUUAAUAAAUAGAGUUCUAGUCAUAGUUAAUUACAACAUAGCCACUAUAAGCAUCAUAAGGAAACUUUCAUGUUUAAAAAAUAAAUAUAUUUCUAAUUUAAAUAAUAAGUACCUUGCUAACCGACUUGUGAUCGGCGAAACCUUGUAAAGUAAAACAUUAUAUAAGUACAAAACAUGAUAAAUACAUAUUGCAUAUU